AUGGAAAAGAAAAUAGCGGAAAGGGAAACGAGGUCAUUUCGCAGGGAAAAUAGAUGUUUUUCAUUAUUGUCCGGUUGGAUGUACUUUGAAUUCAUGGGGGACAACGACAUGGGAGAGACUUUCGGUUUCAGCAGAGCCAGGCUUUACGUGACCAGCGUGCCGGAUUCCUUUGGUGGGCAGAACUUUUGCAGACGCCCGCAAAUUUCUUGUUUGGCGAUGACUUCUACCGCCCGCCCUCCCAACCUCGUCCAUCGGGCGUUUUAUCCCAAGCGCUGGUCACCCGCGCCCCGCAUUCCCGCCCAGCCGAUAUUAAUGUUUGGCCACCGAAGUGAACUUAAUCGCCGUAAUUAA